AUGCUGUGUGCGGGACUGAGCGAGGGAGGCAAGGACUCCUGCCAGGGGGAUUCUGGGGGUCCUCUGGUGAGAAAACAAAAUGGCCGCUGGAUCCAGGCUGGAGUGGUGAGCUUCGGAAUCGGUUGCGCUCUGCCUGAUUUACCUGGGGUCUAUGCCCGAGUGUCCCGCUAUGAGGCCUGGAUAAACAGUCACAUCACAGCCAACCAGCCCGGCUUCAUCGCCUUCAGCUCCUCUGGCACCGACAGCGAUCAGAGCGUCACCUGCCCUUCUCUUCCAUCAACUAACACCACUACUACACCACCCAACACCACUACUACACCACCCAACACCAUCGACAUUGCUGCAGUGUGUGGGAUGGCACCCAAAAACAGCCGGAUUGUCGGAGGCCAGGCUGCACCUGAUGGAGCCUGGCCCUGGCAGGUCAGUAUCCACAGAGGAGGUCACACCUGUGGAGGCUCCCUCAUCAACAACAUGUGGGUGCUGAGCGCGGCGCACUGCAUGAGUGGUGAUGCCAGUGAAUACUCUGUGUUCAUCGGGCGUCAAAGCCAACAGGGCCCCAACCCCAACGAAGUGAGUCGCACCAUCACUCAGUUCAUCAACCACCCGGACUACAACGAGGCCACCAGCGAUAACGACAUGUCACUGCUCAAGCUGUCCUCCUCCGUCACCUUCACAGACUACAUAAAGCCUGUGUGCCUGGCGGCCUCCGGCAGUGCCUUCCACAAUGGCACAGACACCUGGAUCACAGGCUGGGGGAGCAUCAAUUCUGGAGUUCCUCUGCCGCCGCCACAGAACCUGAUGGAGGUGGAAGUGCCCAUCAUCGGGAACAGACAGUGCUUUUGUAACUACAACUCAAGAAACAUCCGUAUCACAGACAAUAUGCUGUGUGCGGGACUGAGCAAGGGAGGCAAGGACUCCUGCCAGGGGGAUUCUGGGGGUCCUCUGGUGAGAAAACAAAAUGGCCGCUGGAUCCAGGCUGGAGUGGUGAGCUUCGGAAUCGGUUGCGCUCUGCCUGAUUUACCUGGGGUCUAUGCCCGAGUGUCCCGCUAUGAGGCCUGGAUAAACAGUCACAUCACAGCCAACAGGCCCGGCUUCAUCGCCUUCAGCUCCUCUGGCACCGACAGCGAUCAGAGCGUCACCUGCCCCGGUCUGUCUCCUGCUGUCACCACCACCACCACCACCACACCUGCACCGGUGGUGUGUGGUCAGGCCCCCCUGAACAGCCGCAUCUCUGGGGGGAUGUGGCCCUGGACGGCGAGUGUCCAGAAGAACCAGGUUCAUGUCUGUGGAGCAGCUCUGGUGUCAGAGGACUCUGUGCUGAGCGACAGCAGCUGCUUCAGCUCUCUGAACGUCUCUGGUUGGAGCGUGGUGUUGGGUGGGUCAAAUGCUCAGCGGGUCAAUGUCAGUAACAUCAGUGUGAGUAACAGUGGAGCUGCAGAUGUGGCUGUGCUGCGUCUGGCCUCCAAACCCUCUCUGUCCAAAUACAUCCAACCCAUCUGCAUCGAUGACGGGCGCCGUUUUGACCUUGGCACGCUCUGCUACUGGACACAGGUCAGAGGUGAGCAGACCCUUCAGGAGUUCCAGACCUCAGUCCUGAGCUGUGGAGACACAUCCUCUUCAGACGUCCUUUGCACCGGGGUCUUCACUCUGGACCAGGGGGACCUUGGGGGCCCUCUCAUGUGUAAAGUAGAGGGUUCCUGGUUCCAGGCCGUGGUUCUGUCCAACAGCAGCAGCAGGAACCGAGCCCAAGUCCAGACCUUCACCAAACUGAGCUCCUACAAGAGCUUCCUGAUCUCCGCCGUGGGCCCCUUCCUGUCCCCGCCCUCGCCAGCCACAGCCGCCACAGCCGCCACAGCUGCCACAGCUGCCCCAACGACUUCCACAGCCGACUCCACAACCCCCCUGCUGCUCCCUCACCUGCUGCUCUCUCACCUUCUGCUCUUUCACCUGCUGCUCCGGGGCUGA